AUGUCGUCUACCAUCGGACUCAACUACCCGGUCUUGGCACCCCUGCUGCCCGUCACAGGAACCUUCGCUGUCCCCUUCACAGCCUACUUCUCUUGGCUGAGCCUGCGCGUCGUGCGCCACCGUGUCAACGACGAGCACUACCUCGGCGACAACUCGGCAAAGGUCGCCGACGCAUCGUCGCAGAAGACCAACAAGCUAUACCUGUCCAGCCGCGCUCACGCCAACUUUGCCGAGAACGUGCCUCUUGCCUUUGCUCUGGCUGCCGUCGCCGAGCUCAACGGCGGAAACCGCAAGAUCUUGACCAGUGCCUUGAGCGCGCUGCUGGCAUUCCGCAUUCUUCACACUGAGCUAGGCAUCGUGAAGCCCGAGGGUAUGGGCUUGGGACGGCCUAUCGGAUACUUCGGCACCAUCGGCACCAUGUUGGGAUUGGCCGGCUAUGCUGCCUUCUUGGUCCGGGGAUACUGGGGAGUAUAA